AUGAAGGAAUCAAACUCCCCCCAAGAUACAGGUGAUCCAGCUGAGACAGCCGCCCGGGCCUUGGCUGAGAAGAAGAAGAAGCGAGGACUGGUGGGUGGGUUGUUCUUGAAGGUCGGAGAGAAGGUCGGGAUUGUCGAACAGACCAGAUUGGCUCCGGAAUUCAUAACUGAACUUGAAAAGUACAGUAAAUAUCAAGAUGUCGCUGACAAUGUGGUUGAAGGAUUAGAAGGUGAAGUAUAGCUAAUCAAAGCCGUGUUUAAUGAAUUUGAACUGAUGUGAGUAAUGACCACGCCUUUUAGGUGUACUACAAAUGAAUCCCGAGAUUUUGCAAACUCAGAAGAUUGAGUGUGAGCAUAAGAAAGACCCCAUCGAACUGUUCGGAAAGGCAGUCAAACAUAUGAGAGACCAUGUCCCCAGAGAGCGACUGGUGAGUACUGUUUCUGCUCGUGCCGAAAAAGUUCGCCGAGCAAGCGUUGACCAUCCUAAUUGGCGGACCUUUUUGACCUUUUUGUACCCAACAAUUUCCGCGUUUAUCUACAAAAUCUCUUGCGUUUAUCAAAAAGCACGUGCUCGUACGCCUAAAAGUUAUCUGACAGUAUCCUCUUACAGCUCUUAUAUAUUUAUAAAUAGUUGGGUUAAGCUGAUUAGAGGCGUACUUAUAGUACACUCCCUUUCAACGAAUUCCAGUUUACAGCAACAAACAAUGAAUGUGGAGGCCAUCCUGAAGCGAAUGGCAAUUCUUCAUCGAGAUGGCCAAGUGAAAGGCCGACGAUCGAUCCGUCGUCUUCGCCGUUUUGUGGCCACCGAAUACAAGGAAUUCAUAGCCAACCAUGAACAGCUGAUCAAUGCGAGAGAUGUCAUGGAUGCAGCCAGACAUGAAGUAAGGAAGACGCAUAAAAGCCCAAGAAGAUUCCUAUAUUAAUCUUUGGCAUAUUGCAAUAACAAGUACAAUCAUAAAAUAGAGGGUCCCUUCGGGUCCCCACUUAGUUCAUUAGCCUAAAACACAGAAUAACAACAAGUAAUGUUUAGUUACGUUCCCUGAGGCUUCAAUAGCCUCGACCAAACGACCGGGAACAUCUUGGUCAAGUUUUUUUUAACGCAUCCUACCCAAUCUUGCCCAUAAAUCGGAAACCGCUCAGGAAGACCGUUCAUCCUAGACUUGGCUGCCGGGCUAGGCCGGCCCGGCACGUCGUUUUUUUCUGCUAAUUAUGGUUUGUAUCGCGACGAAAAACAAGCUUUUGGCGUAAUGCCUUAAAAAUUUUUUUGGCUUGCGAAGCUAAAAAUUUUUGUCGGUUGCACCACAAAAACAUUUUUUGCCAAAAAAAUGUGGCAUUGUGCAUUUUCUAUAAUUUUCCUUUUGUUGUGGCCACAUGCAUAAAGUGAUGUGUAACAGCAUAAAUAGCGUCAUAUUUAACAAAAAAUACAUGAAUAUAUAUUUAAGAAGCGUCAACAAUACUAAUAAUCUUAUUAAUUUGAUAUUCGGCGAUACCACCUCUUAGUAUAACAUAAUCCGGGGAUUGAAAAAAAAUUCGCGUACAGAAAAUUCUGAAACUGAACACAUAUUUUCUCUGAAUUCUUCUGCAUCAACUGGCAUAUCGGGUAUACCCAUGUUUCGUUGGAACUGCGAGAUAUAACCGAAUCUUUAACAGAAACACCCAUGAUGUUUUAGAUGAAUAUGGAAAGGCUAAGAUGAUAACAGAUGUCAUGUUGAUUCUUAAAGGAGCUUAGUCCAUCGAAAUUUCAGAAAAUAUCAUUCAAUGAGUAUGUGUGCCGAUGGUUUUUGCGUAAAUUAGGUUGUGGUAAAUUAGAAUUUUCGGCGCUUCUUCUCUCUUUUUUUCAAUCAAUAAUAGCGCCGCCCCGUUAAAAAAACAUUUUCCAAUUACGAAAGAACGAUGUGCCCGGGCCGGGCCGGUGUUUGGGCCAGGCCGGGCCGGGCCAAAGCAAAAUUGAAACGGGCCGGGCCGGGCCGACCUGUUCCGGCCCGCGGGCCGGGCCGCAACUUUCGGCCCGGGCCGGCCCGGCAAAAUUAAAAUUCUGAAUUUCAAAGCGAAAAGUUGGGUUGCCAAUAAAAUUAAAACGCAAAGCCAAGAAGGGGGUUUACACAGGGAACUCGGAUUUACUUAUACAGGGUGCGCCAAAAAUAUUGGGACUCAUAUUUUUACUUGCCCUGCGGGCUGUAAUGGUACAAGAGCAAAGUGGUCGCUUGUGCAAACGUGCAAUGCUCCCAAGAAUCUAUCUUCAAAGUUUCAGACAGAGUAGUCGUAUACGACACCUGUUCUGCCAUUAUAAGUGCUCACAACUAAGGCCCCUGAGACACGGACCCCAAAAUGGAUAAAAAUUGGAAACACUAGUUUUACCGUUGCAUGCUAUGGCAGAAAUUCACUUUAUAUGACAGAGUAGCGGUCGCUUUUUAUACACUAAAAAUGAUCUUUCCGAAUAACGACGAUUACAUCUUUUACAGCCCGUCAAAGUCGGCCUAAAAACGCGCCGUUUUCCAGAAAACUUCCGUAAGAUCAAAGAUUUUUAUGUAGAAGUUUCCAUGUAAGGUUCCCAGCGUAUUAGACAUCAGAGAUACUUUUAUAAGGACAACGAGAGUCUGACUAGUCGUCUUUGAAAAAUUAUUUUUUUAUCUUCUGCCUCUGGGGGAUGAAAUAGUGACUAUAGCGGUAGAAUUUACUCUAAGGUUGCUCGUCAAGUGAGCUUGGACUGAAGAUCGCUAAAAGUAAUUCAGUUGUGUCAGCAUGUAUCCCGAGUAUAGCGUUACGUCGAUUUUUACGCUCAAGUACUUUUCAACUUGUAGUAAACUGCCAAAAUAUAUCAAGCUUCGAAGGACCGUGCCUCCAAUCCGCACCAUAAAGUUUUUUCCAUACAGAAACUGUCCCCUUGUAGGUGUAGAUUUUAUUUUAGAGUAUGACAAUUCCUUAUGUACACACUCUAUAACCACAAAAUUUUAGAGCAACACGGGCGAUACUGUGGUAUUGAGAUCGCUAAAAACAUAAAAAUCCAAACUUUCGGGAUUUUUUUUUGUUUUUUCGACCAGCGCCGCCAUAUCGGUGUCAACCAUGAUUACAUACGUUGUUACAAAGUGAAUAGCAUGUGCUUUAAACACAAUAAAUUUGAAGGAUCUUACUUUCCCUUAGCGGAAAUAAUGGCCAAAUUGAUUUCCCGGUCAUCCACUUGAAAAGAAAAUUUUGGUCCCCCAAAAGCUUUUGACUAUUUUUUCAAGUUUGCAAUAGGCCCCAACCCUGGCAUUACCGUUGCCGUAUAGCAAGACUGUUACCCUUGCUAAAACGGUCAAAAGUUUUGAUUCCAAGGCCAGCCGAAAAAAGCUACACGGAAUUGAUUUUUGUCCCAAUAUUUUUGGCGCACCGUGUAUGUACGUCUUUUUUACUUAUAUGAAAUUGAAGUUUAUAUAAGUAAAUAAACGUACAUAUAAGUAAAUAAUCGUACAUAUAAGUAAUUCUGAAAUUACUUAUAUGUAAACUUUAUUUUCGACGCGCUCCAAAUUUACUUAUAUUUACAAAUAAGGAUUUUUUACUUAUAUUUACCAAUAAGGAUGUUUUACUUAUUUGUAACCCAGAAUUACGCACAGUGCAGAUUAUAUUAUAAACGUUUAUUUCGAUUCUCAGAAACAACAAAUACAUGUGGAUAACGCAUCUUGUGUGCUCCGGAUAGGUUUCUCAUCUGUUUUUGUCCUUGUGAGGUAUCAUUUGUGGGACCUUCUAUGGGGAUUUCUGCGUCUGGAUCCACUGAAAAUAGUAAAAAAUAAAGAAGAUAAGGUCGUUCGACGAUAUUUACUAUAAGCCCUUCUCAAUUGUUUGUGCUUCUCCACCCCGAAAAAAAAUUAGUUUUAGGUUCACCAAGUUUGUCAUGUUGCACUAGGUCCAGGUGAAUAUUCUCAACAUACCUGAAUCAUCCGAGUGCCAUUUUUCCGGGAUCGUGUGUACAUUGUCCAUUUACUACCCUACACGACCAAUUUUUCGAUAAUCUGAAACCUAGAGGCUUCACCUGGACCUAGUACAACAUAGCAGAACUAUGUCUGGAAAAAUCUUUGGUUUUAUGAAAUGUGAAAACAGUUAAAAAACACCUACCAAGUUUGAGCACACAGUGUUCAUCCAAAUUCUUUCCUCAUAGUGCUUGUUCAUAGAUUUUUGGGAACUGCGUGAAGUUUGACGUUGACAUGCUCCAUGCUCGGGAAGGUUCUCGCGUUCGCAACUUUUGAUCCGAGCACUCUGUUACCCUGUAAAAAAAAAAACUGACUACAAGCAACUUACUUUAUUCGAUCCAAGGUUGAGAUACGUCUUUGACGCUCCAAAAACUUAGAAUUUUUCUAAGUCCGGCCAACGCGUGCAGAAACCAAAAAGCGUCUUUGACGUUCAAAAGUUUUCUUUUCGAGGCUCAUAUAUGUACAUAUAAGUAAAAAUGAACGAGCUCCGCCGUUUUUUACAUAUAAGUACCGCUAUUUGUAAAUAUAAGUAAAUAAACGUAAAUAUAAGUAAAAAUAAAUAAGCCCCGCCUUUUUUAACUUAUAUGUAAGUUAUUGGUAAAUAUAAGUAAAAAAUUUUACUUAUAAGUAAAUCCGAGUCCCCUGUGUAUAUUUUUCUCACAGUAAGCGUAAUUUUAUAAAAAUAAAGCACGGAAGUACUGAAAAAUGGCUAAUAAUAAGUAAUUUUACUAGUAAAAUCUAUUAAGUACUAAUGUAUACUAGUGUUUGUAGUAAUUUUUUUGAACAAAAACUCAAAAUAAACGUAACCGACAUCCUUAAAAAAACAAUUAAGAAGUCGUGUGAAGCAACACUAUCAUCUUGAAGUUGAAAACCUUGUUAAACGUGGUUCCACCCUUGCUGAAUCUGUAAAAUUGGUCUUGGGGCAAUUUUUAAUAGUCUGAAAACGGAUCUCGGGAAUUUUUUGAUUAAUUUUAAAAAGGCAAUGCGUUGGUAAGUAAUUUUUUGCUUUAAAAAUGUACUGUUAGUUGCUAUAGCUAUAGUAAAGAAAAAUAUGUCAUAUCUAAUAGCGAAUUAAGGUAUUUUACUUCUUCUCAAUUUUCGGGCCGGGCCGCGGGCUGGGCCGGGCCGGGCCGAAGAAAAAUUGAAACGGGCCGGGCCGGCCCGAGAGCCAAGUCUAGUUCAUCCUAAGUCGCCGAACUGGCCAACCCAGAAACCUUUAAAAGAGAGUUUUUUUACACCUCGAAGGACGGCCCAGACAUUUCGAAAAAACGACCAACUCAGAAUCUUUUGAUAUUUAGCAUAGUUGUUGUACAUACAGUAACUGCCAAAACACUGUCAAUUUUUUUGUUCUUUGUGUAACUCUGCUCACCGUGAAUGGAUUUUAACGAAACAAGUAACAUUCUGUAGAGAAUUAAGCUGUUACGUAAUGGUGUAGCGACUGGAGCGAUUUUACAUCUUAGUGUGUAACAACUGUCGAUGUAAAAUUUUUGGAGAGAAUUUGUUUCGUUUAAAUCCAUCCACGGUGAGCAGAGUUACACGAAGAACAAAAAAAUUGACAGUUUUUUGGCAACUACUGUACUACUAUAAUGGCUGGAUGUCGACACGAAUUUUUAUUUCGUAAAUUACCGUAUAGGGGGUUACGAUAGUACUCAUAAUCAAAAUUUCAUUGUUUCUAAAGUUGAACACUUUUUUAAUUGACACUUUUGUUCUAGGAUGUAGCCUUCGACCCUUGAAUGUUGGGAAUACAAUACACCUCGAUUUAAUCUUGGCUUAACUUUACACACGUUCAAAACGGUUUCAAAUUUGUCGAGGUUUGAAGUGGUAUAGAUGAAAGCAGACUUGCGGUGAUUUUUUGCCAUUGUUGGAUUUUAAUUUUUUAAAUCAGGAUAAAACAAAAUUUUUUCAUAUUUUUGAGUAGGGUUCGGAAAAUUCGGGUAUAUUCACCACGCGGGUAUAUACCCGGGUAUAUUCCCGGUAUACACCCGAAAUCUAGGGUAUAUUGGGGUAUUUAAAAAAUUAGCCCGAUAUUGUACUAGCCGCGACAUAAAGUCCUGAGAAAUUUGCACAGUGCAUUUUUGUUUUUCUUUCGGACCCGUCGCGGCAAUUCCCCGUUUUUGCACUAGCGACAUGCACUUUCGCGCGAGCCACUCUAAUUUUCUCGCGCGACACCCGCGACAAAAUGUGUCAGGACUUUAUGGCGCGACUAGUACCAAAAUGAAGUCGUUUGUGCCUCAUUCAUUAACUUAAUCACGUUUGGAGUGAUAUUAUUUAUUUUCCCAGCUACAACAAACAAAACUAGUACUUUAACAACGAAAAAGUAUAGUAAUCCAAUACUUCGCAGUCAGAUUUGGAUUUUUCCCUUUCAUCUUCCGACUCCGGCAACUGGCUAACUAGGUUUCGACCUCAAAACAAAGUUUCGAACGGAAAAAACAAAUUAUGACAAAAUGUCAACAUUCAUUGAUUUUUUUAUGACCAAAUUCCAUAUUUUUUUAAACUUUUUGACUGCAAAAGCACUUUGAAGAUUGCCAUAAAUAUCCGAAAAUACCCCGCUUCGUGGGUACAUAUCUAUCCCUCAGGGGUCGCGCAGAGAUUUCCCCUUUGGGGAUGAUAUAUAAGUCUUAACCGAUCAAUUUGCACGACAUCCGGUUCAAAAAGCGAUUUACACCUAAAGUGCAUUCCCAUGUAAGAAGACACUGACAAAACAGGUUGAUUCUGCAAGGGUCGGUGAAACCGACAUUUGGCCGUUGCAGUGCCACAUUCCUUGCAGAUUGCAUGGUUGUGAGAUGGUUCUGCCGCGUCAUGACGGUUUUACAUACUACUGGCAUGACAUUAGAAUUGACGGCCGCAGCAACUCAAAUGAAUAUCCUUAAGUUCCAAGAAGACUUAUGCAAACAUCUGGUACCGUACUGGCAAACUGGCUACACUUUCAUGCUCGAGAAUGCUCAUGUCAACCAUGGCAGGUCGACAAAACAGUUCUUUUAACAGCAAGGCAGUGCUGCCAUAUGCUCGUUCGAUUGUUCUCUGGAUAAAAUCCGAUGAAAAACUUGUGGGGCGCCCUGUUUCGUGAAUUAUACCUCAAGCAAUGUUCUACCGUAACCGAAUUAAGAAAAGCCGUUUUCCGACUUAGGGACAAGAUUGGUCAGGAUACGUUUAGAAAGUUUUCCCAGGGGGUUCCCAGUCGUGUGAUGGGCGUUGUUGAGCCUCAGGAAGCGUAACUAUACAUCAGUGAUUGAUAUCCCGUGUUUUCAUUAGGCUAAUACCCCAAAUUCGCGAGUGCGGUUAUAAUUUCGCGACAAAGAAAAGUACCAAAAUUUUGUUUUUACAGCUUUUUCCAAAAUACGGAAACUUUUCAAAAUGAUCUUUUGGCACAUCAUUUCUAGUACACUGAUGCAUAUUAGUGCCAAAUAUGACACAUUUCUAUUGACAACCACAAACGUUACGAUCGUUUUUAAAGUGCAGUUAUAAUUACGACCCGCACUGUUUGACUGCAAGGGGAUGGUAAUAGUACCGUUUCCAGCUAAACAUACAUUAUUGGCUGACAGUUCUUCUCAAUUCAUAUUUGCAGGUGAAACAAGCCCGGACAACGGAACAGGUGGAACAGCGAGGGAGAAUCUAUGAACAAGCCGUUCAUGAAUUUGACGAGCUGGCCGGGAAACUGGCCUUGUCCUGCGAUAAUCUUGGGACUGAUCGGUUAGUCCAUGAGAGAGAAAUCCUUGAUGUAAGUGCAAGUUGUCUGCCUUCAAAGUCAUCUUUUUCUAGUGGUUCGAAGUCUCUGCUCGUCAUCAUUACAAUAUGGCCUACACUUUGAAUGAAACGCUGGCCAAGAUGGGAGUUCCUGGCUUCAAGUCCACGAACUCUUAA